AUGUCAAGCGACCCUCUGUACCUCGCCAGGACCAAAAGUGCUGGUGGAGAGAGGCGAGUCCCGCCGCCUAUCAAGCCAAAGCCAUCGACUCUGGCCUCCCCGCCCGCCACCGACACAACACCCACCCCCCACUUGCAACCGCCUCACGUCACGGUCACCGCCAAUGGCACACCCACCUCGAGCUCCUUUGGCGACCUGAGAAAGACCUUCGAGCGACAGCAGAACAGCUCCCCGCUGUUCAUGAAUAGCGCCGGUGCUCAAGGAACAGGAACCGCGCCAAGAGGAGGCGCUGGCCUGGGACCCUCAAGAGGAAGCACGAGUACAGGCCAAUUGAACCACCACGCGUCACUCUCGAGCGUCCAGCAAUACACCAACAACGCCGCUUACCUCACACCCUCGUUCGGCAAUAGCAACAGCAACAACAAUAACAAUAACAGGCCGCGCUCGGUUUCCUCUCCAGGGCCACCCCUUAGGGAUACCGACGACGAUGCUGACGGGAUCGACAACAGCCAACCAGACUUUAGCAACUUGCGGGCGCGCUUCCAGUCGCAGAUGUCGCUCUCUGGCCAGGGCGUACCCAAACCAGAUACCCCUCGACCCAAACCCAAGCCGGCCGUUGGGGCCAAGCCCACCUUCCAAAAUACCACAUCAUCGUCAACGCUGCCCUCCUCUCGAAUGUCUAUGGAUUCGAUCUUCAGCAACAACAGCAGUAUUGUAUCGGUGCCAAGAUUUGUACCGCCUCACCUAACUCCAACAGCAGGCUCAACAGUGGCGUCGUCGCGGCUUUCGUCCAAUUCUUUCAAACAGUCCUCCAGACCACCACCACCACCCAUGAAGAUACAUUCUCCUGCUCCCAAAACACCUACCCCUCCAAGGACACCCCCGCGCGUAGAGACACCAGAGUCAGAAAGGAAUCCGUUUAUGGGUAGUGAUGAAGAUGAGGCAGGUGCCUCCCGUCAAGCAACAGCACCUCCAGCACCCUCUCGCUUGAAUUCCACUUCGAAUCGACUGUCCAACUCAAAGAUACAACAGAACCCUGCAUUCCAGCAACUCCGUAACCAAGCAAUGGCAGCUGUGUCUGGCAGAGACUCUGUACUAGUUGGCAAAGCUGCACCACCUCCACCGCAGCGCGCUGCCCCAAGACCAGAUUCGCCUCAGGGAUCUCCACCAAAACUGCCUUCACGGGCAAACAGUGCUAUCCUCGCUGUACAGGAUACCCCAGAGGAGAAGGAGCGCAAACAUCGACUUGACAAGAGACGACGAGUUGUACAGGAAUUGCUCGAGACGGAAAUCAGCUUCUCGAAGGACAUGCAGCUUUUGCAAGAGGUCUACGUGACGGAUAUGUCGGAGUCGCCCUUGUUUACACAAGCGGAUGUAAAGAUGGUCUUCACCAAUCUGGCUGAUGUAGUCGCCCUCACUCUGGACUUUAUUGCCUUCUUGACCCCGGCUUGUGGAGGAGGCGUGGAGGAAGAGUACGACGACUCCACUACUUUUGUUGGAGAAGCCUUUCUUCAAAUGAUUUCAAGGAUUCGGCGUGUCUAUUCAGAGUACUGCAAGAGACAGGAGGCAUCGGCUCAGCAUCUACAGGAUCUCGACAGCCGGAAGGACUUGAGGCCAUUCUUUGAUGCAUGCACAGAAAAGUGCAAAGGAAAGACGACGGGAUGGGACCUUGCAAGUUUACUUAUCAAGCCUGUACAAAGGGUGCUCAAGUAUCCACUGCUCAUCAAUCAAAUCCAUGCUCUGACACCAUCGGAUCACCUGGAUUUCGAGAGCUUGGUGAAUGUGCAAAAGGAGAUGUUGCAGGUUGCGGAGGAAAUCAACGAGAUCAAGAAGCGGAAGGACAUUGUCGAAAAGAUUGUCGGGAGCAAGAAGAAAAACGACUCGGAUAUCGUGUACGUCUCAAUUGCUCCAAACACCUUGACGGAGUUUGCCCGGACGACUCAACAAUUGCGGCAGGCUGUGGGUGGAUCAGAAGUCACUGUUGAUAUUCUUUUUGAGGCUCUCCUGGAAAAGUUCAACAUGCAGCAACGCCUUGUACGCGAGUUUGCUAAAUAUAUCCAGAGCUGGCUUGUUUCCAUCAAACGUAAGUACGCAUAUCGGGUCAAGCUGACCAACGAGAACCAGUCGUUGAUUCUGGUGCAAGAGUUUCACAAAAACUUGGCGAAGUUCUCCAAGACGAUUGGGCGGGAGCUGGAGAGCAGGCUGAAGAAGACGGUGUACAAGAGCAUUGAGCUGUUUCUGAAGUUAUUCUCUGGGCCUCUGCAGGUCAUGAAGAAGCGAGAGAAAAAGUUGCUGGAUUAUGAUAAUGUCAGAGGCAUGAAGGAUCGCGGAGAAACGAUUGACAAGAACAUGUUAGACUCUGCAGCGGCAUACACUUCGAUCAACGAGCAGCUGGUAGACGAGCUACCAAAGUUUCUUGGACUGACAACCCAAUACUUUGACAUUAUCGUCAUGGAGUUCAGUCAGGUGCAGCAGUUCUUUUACACUCAGGUCAAAACGAGGAACCACGAGUUCUAUAUCGAGUACGUGGAUUCUGCAUGUUCGAAGGAUCUGGCCGCCUAUUUGGAGCAGAUGGAUAUAUGCGAGGAAUAUAUCGAAGCCAUGACCAGAAACGACGGUCCUUUGGAGCGCCUGAACAGGAUAUCGCUGAUCCACGAUGUAUCUGCUACUCAUGAAGCGGCUUUCCAGAGCAUGCGAGAUGCAGUAGGACAAAGACUCAGGAGGAAUGCUUCUCGGUCGCAUCAGACUCGAUCUCGGAGCUCAUCGACAGCAUCACCAAUUCCCGCGACGACGGCAGGAAAGAUCACACCGUCUUUGCAGCACAGCCCUUCAGGAUCUCAGAGUUCUCUUCAGUCACCGCUACAGCCUCAACCAAGGUUUUACCCAGGGGAGGACGAGAACCCAUUCGAGGUGCCCGAAUCGAUUUUCCACGAUGGAUCAUCAUCUGUUACGUCCUAUGACGACGGCUAUGAGCCCUUUGGGAACAACAAUCGCGGCGGCGAUUUCUAUGACCGACCGCUUUCGAUGGCUUCUUCGACAUACUCGUUUGGGUCUGCGAGCACGGACCAACAGGAGUUCCGGAGCAAGCCGCCAGAGUUGGACGAUGGGAUGGAGAUGGAUGAGAUUGGGAUUGCUCAGGCUCUGUUUGAGUGCACGGCGAUUUACCCGUACACUUCAACUGAAGACCGGCAGUUGAACUUUGAGGCGGGCGAGAGUAUUGUUGUCUUUGGGUUGAAUGAUAAUGGAUGGUACUUUGGGAAGAAGGUUGGUAAGGAUACCACGGGAUGGUUCCCCGCGAGUCAUUGUAUUCAGAUCUGA